CAAGCCCGGAAUAUCGACCUGAUUCGGGACUACGCCGUCACGGUCCCGGAGCUUCGUGGCAUCCAGGCUGCAGGAGCGCCACUGCCGCAAUACGUUGUGAUCGAUGCGAAAACGCAGGAUCAACAACCUUACGAGGAAUUCAUAAUCCAAGCAGAAGGCGAGGGCGACACACAACUACAGGAACAAGCUCCGCAGGAGCCAGGUGCUGGCGCGGCAGUUCAAGUCGAAGAGCCAGGUCAGUGCCCGAUAUGUCUGGACGACAUUGAUAUGAACAGCCAAGAGUACGUUUACUGCGCGGGAGGUCGAAGACUUAACCACUAUUUCCACAAGGCAUGCAGCGGGGAUCACGCCAGGGAAAACUCAGAGGCGCGGUGCCCAUUGUGCAGAGAAGCAGGGGGGUUUAGGAUUGCCAAUGCUGGUCCAAACAUGGGCAGCCGGUACCCGCCAGCCAGGAAUGCGGCGGCGGGAGCUCCUGCGGCGGCGGGAGCUGCACAGGAGGUGGAUUUCUUUUCUGUAGUACCGCGGCGCGAAGACGCAAGCUGGAGAGGCCCGUCCGAGGAGGUACAGGUUGCCCGACCCGACGUCGAGCGUGCAGAGUUGAAUGCGCCUUUCCUCGGCGACGCGGAGGCGCAGACGCAGGCGGAGCUGUACCUCGCCUACCUGUCGUAUGGAAGUGCCAUGCGGGGAAUCCUCGAAUUCGAUCUAUAUUGGAACAAUUUGAAUGCAGAUGCACCCCCCGCCAUUUCUACAACCAGGCUCAUGCGAGUCGUUAUGGUGGUGGCCCGAGAAUGAUGGCCGUGGCACUUCUCGGUUGCCCGUGUCGUACUCAUUCUCCGUGCGCGACGCCCUUCAUCUACGCCCUAUGGCCAGUAGGAAGGCAAAGGACGCCGCGUGUUUGUAGUUUAGUGUGAGUCCUCUCUGUCUCCACCAUUCUCGGCCAGUGGUCCCCGUAGCCACACCAUUUCCGGCUUCGUCUCAUGUUUUUCGCGCGCGAGGCCGGGUGAGGCUAGUCCUAGUACAACUUUUUGUAUUGUUUGCGAGUGAAAACUGAAAGGUAUAUUCUCAUUAAAUCUUACAUUGAGGAUUUUCCCACCUGGUGCUUCCAUACCUCCCUUGUGCUCCCGGAGGCUCGUCCCACGCAGGCGAUGGAGAUGCUGCGACACAUGGUGAACCCGUUGACCACCUACUCGGCUGAGUCCAAAGGCAUUUUGCGGAACAUGGUGCGGUCGAAGGCCGCGGCCGCGGCAACGAAACAAGACCGGUCGCACCCGGACGCGCUGCGGGC